GCUAGGUUGUCCAAAAAAUGCUAGCGACACAGAGAGAGAGGGAGAGAGGGAGAGGAAGAGGGAAAGAAAGAUGACAGAAUAUGUGUGUAAAUCAUUCCCGACCAACGGAGGCAACGGGAAUUACAACUAUGUGGAGAACUCUUAUUAUCAGUUGUGGCGUACGACCAAAACAAGCGCGCAAGUGGGAAUUUCCACCGAAAUAAGAGUCUUUCCUUCGCUUGACAGAGACGUGCCGCAGAGGUAGUACAAGGACGGAUUGAAGAUGCAAUAAUGAAUAUAUUCGAUGUGAAGCAUCUGUCCUUGACUUCAAGAAUAUGUCUUGCCGAUUUGGGAUGUGCAGUUGGACCGAACACGUUCAUGUCCAUGCAAAACAUCCUAGAGUGCAUCAAGAAGAAGUACCAUUUUCAGUUCCCAGAUGCCAAACCUCCCGAUUUCAUGGUGUUUUUUAAUGACCUGCCGUCCAAUGACUUCAAUACUCUAUUCAAUUCCCUACCUCUGGAUGGCUGCUAUUUUGCUGUCGGGGUUCCGGGAUCUUUCCACGGGAGGUUAUUCCCUGAAUCUUCUAUCCACCUCUUUCACUCAGUUUCGUCGCUCCACUGGCUCUCAAGGGUGCCAAGAGAGAUAUUUGAUGAGAGUUCCCGAGCUAGGAACCGAGGGCGGAUCCAUUACACAAAUGCUCCGGCAGAAGUCAUGAAUGCAUACAAAGCUCAGUUUGGUAGGGACAUGGAGGAAUUCUUGAGUGCCAGAGCUAAGGAGAUUGUGUUGGGUGGCAUUAUGUUCAUCACCAUGGCUGGGAUUCCUGAUGAGAUGGUUCAUUCUCAGCUCCCGGCUGGCGUGAUGUAUGAUAUUCUGGGUCGGUGCCUCAUGGAAAUGGCAAAAGAGGGAGUGAUCACGGAGGAUCAAGUCGAUUCAUUCAACCUGCCAAUUUAUGCAGCUUCUUGUGAAGAGAUGACGGAGUUAAUCCAGAGAAACGGGAGUUUCGCCAUCAAAGCUAUGGAGCUCAUUAACCCGUCACUUGGGAUGACUGGCCCUACCAAUAUACAGGAGUGGACAAACCACGUUAGGGCUGCAAUGGAGGGACUGUUCAUCGCUCACUUCAGAGCCCGAUCUGUUGUCGAUGAGAUCUUCGAUAGACUAGGGAAAAAGCUUGAAGAGGAUGCUCAUCUGGUGGAAGCUAGCUACAGAGAGAAGAUAGUAUUGUUUGCCAUUCUAAGGCGCAUUUGAAAUUGAGUGAAAACCCCUUUUCCUACUUCGCUGAACUCCCUCGUUUAGUGGUG